AUGAGUAAGGAUAAGGCAGACGAUGUUUUGCGGCAUUUUAUCAAACAUACUGAGAAAUCAAAUGUGAGAAGGUCAGUCAUUGUUCAAGCAACUAACAGGAAAGUAUCCAAGAUUGCACUAGCGGCAUUCGGUUUUGCUUUUGCAAGUUAUUUCUAUUCUUUGUAUGCUAUAAAACGAAACCGAGAGCUUGGUACUUCAUUUGAUCAACUGCCUUCAUAUACCUCUUCAGAGUGA